AUGGUAGAAUCGACAGACCCAACAGAAAGCGAAUGCGAAACCACCGCCAUCCUGAUCUGCGGCUGCGGGCCCACAGGCGCCAUGCUCUCCGCCUAUCUCGGGCAAAUGUCUAUUCCCAACAUCGUGCUCGAGCAAGAAGCCGACAUCACGACUGAUCCGCGCGGAAUCGCGCUCGACGAGGACGGGAUUCGUUUGAUGCAGGGUUUGGGCGUUUAUGAGGAGAUAUAUACCGAGAUUGGCACAUGUAUGCAUUUGUUCAAGUUUGUCGAUGGGUCGGCGUACGAUUUGAGUCGGCAGGCAUUUCUGGAGAUGGAUUAUGCGACUACAGAAGGAGGCACCGGCCACGUCGGCUUCAUAUGCCACAAACAGCCCGCUCUCGAAAAGACCCUACGUUCCAAAAUGGCAGCCAAUGGGUUCAGCGAGCUACGGUCUAGAUGCUCAGUGACCGGGCUGAGAGAAGAUGAGAACUGGACGUACUGCGAAUACACGGACUCGAGCGGCGCCACACGCCGAGUCCGCUCAAAGUUUUUUGUCGGGGCAGAUGGGAAGACGGGCUAUACGCGGAAGAAGUAUCUUGAGUCUAGAGGCGUGUACAUGGAGCGCGCACACAAUGCGUUUUAUGAAGAAACCUGGGUAGCACUGAACUGGAAAAUCUCGCUGCCAACUAAGGCAACACAUCCCGAUUUCCCGCUGUGGGCACUGGGGUAUACGGCAGAAGAGGUCUAUGAUUUGUUUUUCCCCGUGAAUUUCCGUUUCCUGUGCAAUCCAGCUCGGCCGGCGGUAUGCGGCCGCUUUGGACCGCCGGCAGAUCGGUUGUGGAGGUUCGAGUUUGUCGUGCGAAGGGAUGAGAGGGGUGAGGAGAUGGCGGAGCCGAAGAUGGUGAAGAAGAUUGUGUUUCCGUAUUUGAAGCAUCCCGGGCGGCGGUAUGGGCUUGCGCAGGAUGUGCAGUUUCCAGAGGACUGCAUCCAAGUGUUACGGUCACGCCCAUUCAUGUUCUCAGCCCGCAGCUGUAAUAAAUGGUCUGAAGGACGAGUUAUUCUCUGCGGCGACGCCGCUCAUGUUUUCCCUCCCUUCGGUGGGCAAGGCAUCGCAUCUGGCUUUCGCGACGCAUCCUCUCUCGCCUGGCGGCUCGCUUUCCUUUGCAACCCAUCUCGCUCGCCGUCAAUCUCACACUCCAGCAUCCUCACAGCAUGGUAUCUCGAGCGCAAACAACAACUCGAGAAAUCCCUGGCCACGACGAUCGAAAACGGGCGAUUUGUGACCGAAACCAAUCCGCUCAAAAUCUUCAUUCGCAAUUGGUCGUUAUGGCUGAUGCAGUUGAUUCCCUCGUGGCGCCACGAGUUGCGGCUGGGACGCCGGAAAGAAGGGAUGGUGCGAUAUCAGCAGGACGCCGGAAAUACUCCAUUCCCGUUUCUGGCGCAGUUGAAUGGCGGGUUGUGUGUGUCGCAGGUGUAUUACGGGGUUGUGUUUAGUGAUGAUGCGAUAUUUGGUGGGAAGAAAAAGGGACUUUUUCAGCUGCUGGUUUAUCUGAAGGACGAUAGGGAAUUGACGGGUGCAAUGGCGGAUAUAGCGGGUGUUGAGACGCUGGCGAGGGGGUGGUUGAAGGAUGCCGAUGUGACGAUUGUUCUGGAGAGGGAGGGUGGGUAUCAGGUUGAUGAGCGGUGGAAGGGUAGAUCGGUGUAUACGCUUGCUAGCGGCGAGGAGUUUGCGCGGUCGAGGCUGUGUAAUGGACGGCCGGAGCCGCAGUUCUAUGACCCGUAUCGUCUGGGUAAGGAGUUGAAGGGAAACAGGUACACGAUUAUACGCCCGGAUAGGUUCGUGUUUGCGUCGUGUUCGAAGAGGGAGGAGCUGCAGACUGCGGUGGAGGGGAUGGUGGCGUAUUUGACCAGGGGGGAAUUGAAUUAG